AUGAUACAAAUAACAAUAACCAUAGCUGCAAUAACUAACAAGACAAAAAAGGAAACAAUUUACAAGUGGGGUGAAAGUAGUAAAGCACUCAUGGGUAGCUCACUAAUGAAAAGAAGAGGAUGGGAUGCAAUUGGAGUUACAGCUUCAACUUAUGAACAGGCACAUGAAUUUGUGAAUGAAUUGAAUGCUAGAAAAUGUACUGGUAUGAUCAAUGAAAAUUGUAUCAUUGUACCUAUUCCCGAUCCAGUCACAUCAAACACUGAUAAUAUUCCGAUUGAUCAGAUCAAGUAUCUCAACUUUACACGUAUUGGUAGUGGUACAUCUACGUUGAAUUCAUUGGUGACGAUUGCAGACAAGUUGAGUGGGUUGGCCGGUCGCUCAUUCAUCGAUAUCGAGGUGGUCAAGAACUCUAAAAUACUGUUGCUUCACAUUGGUGGUCUCUUUCAUCACAUGACACUUGUCAACCUUUGCUCUAAAGCAUUCACAUGUAUGGUGGUUGACAAGUAUCCACUCAGACGUAUUCACUCUGGUAUCGGCGGUACACAAUGUCCAACUGUUGACAGCGGUGGCGGCGGUUCAAGUUCAUCAUCACUCUAUGGACUAAACAACAAUGAGAUCAAGGCUAAACAAGAAACUUGUAGAUUAGAGAUGUCGACUGCUUCAGCUGCCACUGCUGCGAGGGCAGCUGACGACGACUAUGCUGAUGAUCCAGCAUGGGAUGUUGCUGAUGUCUACCCAUUGUAUCCAAUUGACAUACUACUCAGUAACCUCAAUCGCAUUGAACGAUACAUUGACGCUGGAAUGAUUGUUGCUAGUACUGAAUCAUUGGUUCUGCUCGAAAAUGAUGUCAUGGACAUUCAAGUGGGUGGACGUAUGUGGAACAGCGAAGGUAUUCAAACGUUGGUUAUACCGGUCGACGCCGAAGUUGCAACACGUCACAUUGCCGUAAAGACUGAUGCAUUUGGUGUCAUUCAAGAGUUUGGUAAUAAAUUCUCAGAGACUGAGCUACGAGACAAAGAAUUUAUAUUUCGAGAAACCAACACCAAAACACAACAACAAGAGGAAAAGGUGAUGGUAUACACCAAUAUCAUUAGAAUGUGUCCAAAAUCGGUAGAGAAACUUCUCUAUCUCCAAUCCACAACUCCCUUCAACUCUUGCACCACGUUGGCACUCGAUAAUGGUGCAUCGCUACUCAAAUUCUCUGUCUAUCCAGAAAUAUUAGAAGUAAUGAGUCAGAGUCAAAAACUAGUAUCCUAUCUCUCACUGACUCCUCAUCAUUAUAAUCCAAGUUUUGUCUUGGAAAUGGCACGUCAAGUAUUAUGGAAAACCUUUCGUUCAACUCCUCUAACAGCCAUAUCAGUUAAAGGUCACUAUUCAUUUUUAAAAGAUGCUGGUGAUUUAUUAUCAUUUUUAAAAUAUCAAAAGGAAAUAGUUGAAGAUAUUUUAAUUAAAAAGGUAGUACAUUCAUAUAUUGAUAAUAAGAAUCCAAUUGAUGGUUGUGUAUUGUCGGGUAGUUGGAGUGUCGGAAAGGAUUGUGUCAUUCUAGGUGUAAGAGAGUCGUUUUGUGGAGCACACUUUGCCGAUCGUAUGACCAUCUCAGAGGUUCAACUCAAAUCACCUUGGAAUUCAAAACCAAAACAUUGUAAAUCUAUCAAUCAAAUUGGAGGUAUUGGAGGAUUACAAAACAAGAAAUCAACAACAACAACAACAACAACACCACACACAAGUGAUAUUGGAGGUAUUGAUAAAUUGAUUGAAAGUUCAUUUGACAACAACACUACCAACAAUAUAACGAGUGACCAUGGGUCAAAAACAAUCAUGGGUAUUUCGUCGUCUGAAAAUAGACCACGUGUAUUGGUGAUUGUAGGUAUUGACGAUAAUAUCGAUCUCCUCUACACUGACCCCAAAGCAACAAUAGCCAAUCAGAAAUGGGACGAUUUCUUCACAUCGUCUGGUAUAUCGCCCGACGAACUUUGGCCUCCCAACUACCCAAGACUAUUGCGUUCAGCUCGUCUCUUUCCAGUGUUGUCAGUGUCUGGUGACGAGGACAUGUUGGAGAGUGCGUUGUGGAUACAAGAUCUUACCAAAAAACCACCCCUCUCGGUGAUUGGACGGUGGAAGGCAUCCAAGAGAAUGAGUAUUGCCGAUAUUACGGGUGAGACUACUCUUAUUGCAGAGACACGAGUGAAAUACCUCCAGCGGACAGCCACCCUUAGUGCGUCGGUACAACAAUUACCCCGUGACCAAGUGUGUCAGCUGCAGGAACAAUUGGAACACUCGAAUCGUGUCGAGGGUGAUGUGGCAGCAUCGUUUCUUUGGCGUAGAGUACUCUCGUUUCGAAUCGAUAUGAUGAGGGUCAAUUCAGUGUACUCUGAGAAUUGGAGUCGCCAAUGCCUGGAUAUCUACUUUCUCAAGUGGAGUAGAAUGCGUGACCAUACACUCGACUCUGCAUUGCAGGCUAUGGACCGUAUCCUCAUCACCACACCGUCUCACGUCGUACCUCGUAUACUAUCCAAUAUGAGUGAUCUCAUGGCCAUUUGGAUGGCUGGAAGGGGUGGUAUUCGCACAGGACCCGCUCAUCACAGCAAAUGGUGCGAAGCACUAUUAUCAUUCUCUCGUGGUGAUGAAAAGGCUGGUAUUCUCAAGCUGACGAGUGAGCGCGCCAACUGGCUAGACACAUGCGAGAAUGUGAUUAUUGCUGCCAGACAUUAUGACGCAGCUUGUCAAAUACUCAUUAAAAACGUGGUGGAUCGGUCCCCAUCCACUACCAAGCCGCUAGACAGCGGUCCCGUACCGAUCGAGAAAUGGGUGCGUGUCGAGACACCGGGCCGACUGGAUCUUGGUGGGUUCUGGACAGACUUUGCGCCCAUGUCGUAUGAGCAGGGUGGACGUGCUGUCACGGCCGCCAUCCACAUUGACGGCGUUGCACCGUACGUAUGUCGUGCCAGACGUAUCAGCGAACCAAUCGUCAUCUUUUCGUCUGCUCAAUCUGGCUCUCCACUAGUACUCCAAAGAUUCGCCGACUUUACAGAUUUCAAGCGACCUCUUGCACCCUAUGCAUUGCUGAAAGCUUGUUUUCUUCAGGUUGGUAUUGUCAACCCUCCAUGGUCUGUUUAUAAUUCACAUGCUGCGACUAUAACCGACCCUACUACAACUACAACAACAACAACAACAUCAACACCACCUUCAACAGGUGACAUUGACCAAGAUGCAGAUAUAUUAAAGAAUCUAAGAGAUUUACAAGGUAGACAAAGCAAACAAACACAGCAUCACAAGAGACACCAUGAAUCAUUAAAACAACAGUUGGAAAUAGUCGGUGGUUUGGAGGUGGAGAUAUCAUGCCCGCUGCCGUACGGCAGUGGAUUGGGAUCGAGCUCGUUGCUGGCAGCUAGCGUGCUGACUGCGAUUGCGCGAAUCUAUGGUGUCGAGUUUAUGUCACCGUCGCAUUUGGUGCAUGCGUGUACCAAGGUUGAACACAUGAUGACUACGUGUGGAGGAUUCAGCGACUCGCUUGGAGGUGUCGUCGGAGGAUUGACACAUGGGUGGAAUGAAAAGAUCGAUAUUGCAAACCUCACCAAAUCCAAGCAAGAGUGUAUCAAUGUCCAAUACUACAACAUUCAACUGACACCUGACCAAAUGGGACAUAUCGGACGUCACAUGCUCCUAGUCAACACCAAUCGCCCACGACUCAACCCUCAAGUGACCGAAGCGAUCAGAGGAUUCCUAGCGAGAAAGAAGUCUACCCUCGACGCAAUAGAAUCCAUUGCAUCGCAAACCGAUGACAUGCGAAAGGCUAUACAGAGUGCUGAUCUAGCCGAGAUUGGUCGACUACUCACAAAAUACUGGCACACCAAGAAACAAGUAUCGACAGGAUCCAAGCUACCCGGUUUUGUCAUGGAUUUGGAAAAGAUUAUACAUGACCAGAUACACGGCUACUCUGCAGUUGGUGCAGGUGGAGGUUUCCUCUUACUCAUCACCAAAGAGCACAACGACGUAGCACGUCAAAACAUCCUACAACUUUUAGCAGCCCAUGAACUCGACCAUCAAUACGAUUCCAACACCUAUAGCAACAUCACCCUCCAUAUUCCAUCUAUUACAAAUAAUGGUAUCACUUUAAAUUAUGAAGAUCAUUCUGGUGAUCCACAAAUAAUUAAAAAAUAUCCUAGAAAUAAUAAUAAUAAUAAUAUUAAUAAUAAUAAUAUUAUUAAUAAUAAUAAUAAUCGCUCUUUAACAACUCUUUUCGUCAUGUCAACAACUACUGAACAACAACAACACAGUAAUAAUAAUAUACAUACUAGUAAUACUACAGCUAAUAAUACAACAACAAAGAUGAACGCCGCCGCAGCAGACAAUGCUCUUACUCACCAAGCUCCAGCUGACAAGUUAUCUUGGUUCCAAAAGAUUCAAAAGAAGUUCACUGUACCUCCACCACCAAAGACAUUAAAGGAUGCCUUAAAGAGAGAUUAUAUCCUCGUUGGAGGUGCAUUUGCAACUUUAGGAUUCUUAUCAUCAGGUGUAUACAACCAUAUGAGAGGUGGUAAUCAAAUCACCACCAACAAGUUACUUCGAGGCAGAAUUUAUGCUCAAGCAGCUACUGUUGGUAUCAUGUGUAUCUAUGCAUUCACCUAUCAAGCCGGUUUGGACAAGGACGCCGCUGAAGAAGCCAGAAAGAACCAAAAGAUCAUUUUAACAUAA